AUGUCAGAUCUACUGUUGACACUGGUCUGGGUUUCGGAGAAAGCAGCGAACAUCGCCCGAGCCUAUCAUCAGGAGGAAACUCUCUUCGGCUAGCUCAUCCAGAAGAAAUAGGAUGUGGAGAGGAAUAAUGUGUUCGUGGCUGACUUUAAAACCCUGGCAGAUGUGCUCGGACAGGAGGUCAUCAAACAUGACUUUAUAAAAAAGAUUCAGGUCAGGGUGUUUGAAGAUCAGGAGGACACAGCCAGACUGCUCAGAAAAGUUUUAGGAGGGAACAUGAGGGUAGCAGAAGCUCUGGCUGUAGCAGUUCAUCAGGAUGUGACCAUCACAGACUUGCAGACUGACGCAAUAUAUAUCCCUCUACAGGGCCUGGGGGUGUGGGUGGACCCCAUAGAUGGAUCGGUCAGUAUUUUUGAGGCAUUUGGAGCGGCCCUUUCAACCUCAGCAGCUCCCAGCAGGAUGAGGUCUAAAAGUUGCGGUCACUAG